CGCACUUUCCACACACAAACAUUAAAUCGCGCCAGGUAAAGUCCUCCCUUGUUAUGGGUUAUUACUGUCUCCGCCUCUUCUACGUUUUGUCCAAUCGCAACUCAGAUCCUUCUGCGCCCGCUUAACCCGCAUUGGCUGUCGCUGCUGUUGAUUCCGCCGCUCCUAUUGGUCAGUGGGAGUGAUCGCGUUAGGUUGCACUCGGGUUAGAUUGCACUCGGAGCUGUCAGUGUCGCGCUUCACUCCAGGUGUGGGCCCUUGGUGAUGGCGUCUGGUUGUCGUAGAGUCCAGGUCGCUUGGCAGAGGUUGUUGACGGAGUGAGCCCGUGUAACACCGAGAGCUGCACCGUGAUAGGCUCGUUCCCGGGCCGGCCCCGUGCUGUUUGGAUGCGCUGAAGGAAUAUGGCCACCAUGGAGAAGCUGAUGAGGGCGUUUGAGUCUCUUAAAUCCUUUCAGCAGCAACAAGGACCUGUGGUACCCGAAGAGCCGGCACCCAAAGCGAAGAAAGAUCCUUCCACAAACAAGAAAGAUCGUGUCAAUCACUGUCUAACAAUAUGUGAAAACAUUGUCGCACAGUCUUUAAGGAAUUCCCCCGAGUUCCAGAAGCUGCUGGGUAUUGCCAUGGAGCUGUUCCUACUGUGCAGCGAUGACGCAGAGUCUGACGUUCGGAUGGUAGCCGACGAAUGCCUCAAUAAAGUGGUGAAGGCUUUAAUGGACUCUAAUCUCCCUAGACUGCAGUUGGAACUUUACAAGGAAAUUAAAAAGAAUGGUGCCCCACGAAGCCUACGGGCUGCUCUCUGGAGAUUUGCUGAGCUUGCUCACCUGGUUCGGCCCCAGAAGUGCAGACCAUACCUGGUAAAUCUGCUUCCCUGCCUCACAAGAAUAAGCAAACGACAUGAAGAGUCCGUGCAGGAGACUCUGGCUGCUGCUAUCCCCAAAAUCAUGGCUGCCUUUGGCAACUUUGCAAAUGACAAUGAAAUCAAGGUUCUUCUGAAAGCAUUUGUAGCAAAUCUGAAAUCUAGUUCCCCCACUAUGCGCAGAACAGCAGCUGGAUCUGCAGUGAGCAUCUGUCUACAUUCUCGAAGAACUCAAUACUUCUACACUUGGCUUCUCAACGUACUCUUGGGUCUUCUUGUCCCUGUCGAGGAUGAACACCCGACCCUUUUAAUUCUGGGAGUUUUACUAACACUACGGUACCUAAUACCACUACUACAACAGCAGGUGAAAGAUACAAGUCUGAAAGGCAGCUUUGGGGUAACACAGAAAGAGGCGGAUAUUUCUCCUUCCGCUGAGCAGCUUAUACAGAUAUAUGAGUUGACCUUGCAUUAUACGCAGCACAGGGAUCACAAUGUUGUGACUGGUUCUCUGGAGUUGCUGCAGCAGAUAUUUAGAACAACUCCUCUGGAUCUGCUCCAUGUGCUGACCACACCUGGGAGUAUAGAGCAGGUCAGCGUUUGCAGAGAUGAGCCAUACAGCAGGAGCCGGAGUGGAAGUAUAGUGGAAUUAAUAGACACGGUGCUGCCCAAGUGUACCAGACCUUCUUGUAUAGCUGGUGGGAGUUCUACCUGCAGCCCUGUACUUGCAAGGAAACAAAAAGGCAAAAUACAUUUGGGAGAAGAGGAAGGCUUAGACGAUGAUUUAGAAGGCAAGUCUGAUGCCUCUGCUACACCUUUUGCUGCUACAAAGAAUGAAGUGACUUCUGAUGUGACCGCCACCUCAUCGGCCGGCGCAAAUCUUGACGCCCCAUCUCAUGACAUCAUCACACAGCAGCCGCGAUCUCAGCACACGCUGCAGUCAGACUCUGUGGAUAUAAGCACUUCAGACCUGACUAACACUGUCACCGAAGGGGAUGAAGAGGACAUUCUGAGUCAUAGUUCCAGCCAAAUCAGUACUGUUCAGUCUGAUCCAAAUAUGGAACUGAAUGAGGGAACCACUCAGGCUUCCUCUCCAGUGAGUGACAGCUCACAAACCACCACGGAAGGUCCAGACUCUGCUGUGACCCCUUCGGACAGUUCUGAAAUUGUUUUAGAUGCUGCUGAUGAAAAUCAAUAUUCUGGGAUGCAGAUUGGACAGCUGCAAGAUGAGGAGGAUGAAGGAGCUAUUCUUCACCAAGAAGAAGCUGGGGAAACUUUUGGGAAAUCCUCUUUAGGUCUGAAUCAAACUCAUCUUUUAAAAACCAUGGGCCAUAGCAGACAGUCCUCAGACAGUAGUGUGGAACGCUUUGUGCCCAAAGAAGAAUCUGUGGAUCCUGGUGAUCUGGAAAACAAAGUAAGUUGGAUUACUGUUCCUUCAAGGAUAAAGGGAGAUAUUGGACACUAUAUGGAUAAAGAUGCUGCUCCUUUAAUUCACUGUGUACGACUCCUGUCGGCUUCCUUCCUGCUCACUGGACAGAAAAAUGUGCUUGUUCCAGACAAAGACGUGCGAGUCAGCGUAAAAGCUUUGGCUGUCAGUUGUGUUGGAGCAGCUGUUGCUUUGUAUCCAGAAGCUUUGUUUAGCAAAUUGUACAAACUUUCCCCUGAAACCAACGAACCUCAAGAAAUACAGUAUGUUUCAGAUAUUCUUGAUUACAUCAACCACGGAGAUCCUCAGGUUAGAGGAGCUACAGCAAUCCUUUCUGGAACCAUUGUGUUUUCUGUACUCACAAAAGCACACUUUGAAGCAGAAACCUGGAUUUCAAAGGUUAAAGCUAAUACAGGCAAUACCUUUUCCGUGCCAGACUGCAUUCCAUUACUGCAGAAAUCCCUGAAGGAUGAAUCUUCUGUUACAUGCAAAUUAGCUUGUAUGGCUGUCAGACACUGCAUAAUGACUCUGUGCUGCAGCUCGUACAGUGAGCUGGGACUACAGCUAAUUAUUGAUCUGCUCACCCUGAAGAACAGCUCCUACUGGCUUGUGAGAACAGAGCUUUUGGAAACACUUGCUGAGAUUGAUUUCAGAUUAGUCAAUUUUAUGGAAGCAAGAACUGAAAAUUUGCACAGAGGAGUCCAUUAUUACACUGGGUUGCUGCAUCUUCAGGAUCGGGUACUGAACAAUGUUAUCAUCAGCCUUCUUGGAGAUGAAGAUGCCAGAGUUAGACGUGUAGCAGCAGCUUCCUUAGUAAGGCUUGUGCCCAAAUUUUUUUACAACUGCGAUCAGGUCCAGGCUGACCCUGUUGUAGCAGCAGCAAGAGACCAAAGCAGUAUUUAUCUGAAACUUCUCAUGCAUGAAACCCAACCGCCAUCCCACUUUGCAGUCAGCACCAUCACAAGGAUCUACAGAGGGUACAAUAUACAGCAAAGCCCUACAGAUGUCUCCAUGGAAAACAACCUUUCCAAAGUCAUCACGGCAGUCUCCCAUGCACUAACUACAUCGACCACACGUGCACUUACGUUUGGCUGCUGUGAAGCUUUGUGCCUCCUAUCAGUAACCUUUCCAGUGUGCACAUGGAGCGUAGGAUGGCACUGUGGGUAUGUGACCAGUACCAAUGCUCAAACCACCCGAAUACAAGUUUACAAGAACCGUGGACGUUCCUUCAGCAUCUCACAACAAAGCCCAUCAGAAGAACCCAGGAAAAGCUGCACUGCUGGAAUGUCCAGUAUGAUCCUCUCUCUGAUUUCGUCUGCCUGGUUCCCCUUAGACCUUUCCGCACAUCAGGAUGCCUUGGUUCUAGCUGGGAAUCUGCUAGCAGCUACUGCUCCAAAAUCUUUGAAAAAUCCCUGGACGUCAGAAGAAGAGAUAAGCCAGGCAGCUAAUAAACAAGAGGAGCCUUGGCCAGCUCUGGGUGACAGGACAGUGGUUGGCAUGGUGGAACAACUGUUUAUUCACUUACUGAAGGCAAUAAACAUAUGUGCUCAUGUGAUUGAUGAUAUUACUCCCGGACCAGUUGUAAAGGUGCAACAUUAUGCUACUCUUCCUUCUCUUACCAACCCACCAUCUCUAAGUCCGAUCCGGCGCAAAGGAAAGGAAAGAGAUACGGCCGAGCAAACUGCUGUUCCAUUAAGCCCAAAGAAGUCUGGUGAAGGAAUGCCAGCUUCCCGACAAACAGAGGCUUCAGGUACUGCACAGACAAGCAAAUCCCUUGGGAGUUUCUACCAUCUUCCUUCAUAUCUCAAAUUAUAUGAUGUGUUGAAAGCUACAUAUGCCAACUAUAAGGUGACAUUAGAUCUGCAAAAUAAUAAUGAGAAGUUUGGGGGUUUUCUGCGCUCGGCUCUGGAUGUCCUAUCCCAAAUCUUGGAGCUUGCCACCCUCACAGAUAUUGGGAAGUGUGUUGAAGAAAUACUGGGAUAUCUGAAGUCCUGCUUCAGCCGGGAGCCAGUAAUGGCGACUGUUUGUGUCCAGCAACUGCUGAAAACACUUUUUGGAACCAACUUGGCUUCUCAGUUUGAGGCAUUGUCCUUAAACCCUAGUAAAAGUCAAGGAAAAGCUCAGCGUCUGGGCUCAUCCAACCUUCGCCCAGGACUGUACCAUUACUGCUUCAUGGCGCCGUACACCCAUUUCACCCAGGCACUGGCAGAUGCAAGUCUAAGAAACAUGGUGCAGGCCGACCAAGAACAGGAUACAUCAGGGUGGUUUGAUGUCCUUCAGAAAGUUUCUUCUCAGCUAAAAAAUAGCAUCAGCAACGUCACUAAGCAUCGAGCAGACAAGAAUGCGAUCCAUAAUCACAUCCGUCUGUUCGAGCCUUUAGUUAUUAAAGCUCUGAAGCAGUAUACAACAACCACAUCAGUUCAGCUUCAAAGACAAGUUCUAGAUCUUUUGGCACAACUGGUUCAGCUUCGUGUCAACUAUUGCCUCCUUGACUCUGACCAGGUGUUCAUUGGAUUUGUGUUAAAGCAGUUUGAAUAUAUUGAAGUGGGCCAGUUCAGAGAAUCGGAAGCCAUAAUCCCCAAUGUUUUCUUCUUCUUGGUACUUUUGUCAUAUGAGCGUUACCACUCCAAGCAAAUCAUUGGGAUUCCCAAAAUCAUCCAGCUGUGUGAUGGCAUCAUGGCCAGUGGCCGGAAAGCAGUAACGCAUGCUAUUCCUGCUCUUCAGCCGAUCGUCCAUGAUUUGUUUGUACUGAGGGGAGCAAACAAAGCAGAUGCUGGGAAAGAGCUUGAAACCCAGAAGGAGGUGGUAGUGUCAAUGCUUCUGAGGCUUAUUCAGUACCAUCAGGUGCUGGAAAUGUUCAUCUUGGUGCUGCAGCAGUGCCACAAAGAGAACGAAGACAAAUGGAAAAGGCUGUCGCGGCAGAUUGCAGAUGUCAUUCUACCAAUGCUGUCGAAGCAGCAGAUGCUUAUAGACUCACAUGAAGCUCUCGGCGUUAUAAAUACUUUAUUCGAAACGUUGGCUCCUUCAGCUCUUCGGCCAGUAGACAUGCUGUUAAGAAGUAUGUUUGUCGUACCCUGCACUAUGGCGUCGGUGAGCACCGUCCAGCUGUGGAUAUCGGGGAUCCUGGCUAUUCUCAGAGUUCUCAUCUCUCAGUCCACCGAGGAUAUUGUUCUAUCUCGUAUACAGGAGCUCUCAUUGUCGCCGAAGCUUAUCUGCUGUCAGAAUAUUCUGAAGCUAAGGGAAGGGGAUAAUCCUUUAUCUGCACAAGUCUAUCCUGAGCAGGGUGACAAUAAGCCUCCCCCUGAGGAAACCUUCUCCCGGUUCCUGCUUCAAAUGGUGGGGAUCCUUUUGGAGGACAUUGUGACAAAGGAGCUGAAGGUGGAUCUGAGGGAGCAGCAGCACACCUUCUAUUGCCAACAGCUGGGCACCUUACUCAUGUGCUUGAUUCACAUCUUCAAAUCAGGGACAUUCCGGCGCAUCACAAAUGCAGCAACAAGGCUUUUCAAAGGAGAGGGUAAUAAUGGCAACUUCUACACCUUAGAGAGCCUGAACAACCUUGUGGAAUCUAUAUUUCCUACUCAUCCAUCCCUUGUGCUGCUUUGGUGCCAGUUCCUGCUCCUUAUCGACUAUACUAACUACAGCUGGUGGUCUGAAGUCCACCUAACUCCCAAAAGGAACAGCUUAUCCAGUACCAAAUUAUUGCUGAGCCCUCAUAUGUCAACAGAGAGCGACAAUCCAGAUCCGGCUUCCAAACUGGCGAUUUGUAAUCGAGAAAUAGUGCGCAGGGGGGCGCUGAUCCUGUUUUGUGAUUACGUGUGUCAGAAUCUGCACGACUCGGAGCAUCUCACGUGGCUCAUAGUUAAUCAUGUUCAGGAUCUAAUAAAUCUGUCGCAUGAACCGCCAGUUCAGGACUUCAUUAGUGCAAUACACAGGAAUUCUGCAGCCAGUGGCCUCUUCAUUCAAGCCAUCCAGUCCCGCUGUGAAAACCUGGCAGCACCGACCACUCUAAAGAAGACAUUGCAGUGCUUGGAAGGAAUCCAUCUCAGCCAGUCUGGUGCCGUGUUGUUGUUGUACAUUGACAGGCUACUUUGUACUCCUUUCCGUGUGCUGGCCCGCAUGGUGGACACAUUAGCUUGUCGACGAGUGGAAAUGCUCUUGGCUGCUACCCCUCAGAAUAUUGUUUCUCAGUUGCCGCUGGAAGAGCUGGAUAGAAUGCAGGAGUAUUUACAGAGCAGUGGAUUAGCACAAAGACACCAAAGACUUUAUUCUCUGCUGGACAGAUUUCGGAUGACUGUAGCACCACAUACAGUUAGCCCCUUACCUUCAGUUACUUCACACCCGCUGGAUGGGGAAAAUCAGGCAACGCUGGAGACGUUGGGCCCUGAUAAGGAAUGGUAUGUGUCUCUGGUCCGAUCCCAGUGCUUUACCCAUUCAGACUCUGCUCUGCUGGAAGGAGCAGAACUGGUGAAUAAAAUUCCUCCGGCAGAACGACACUCUUUCAUGAGCAGCAAGGAUUUUAAUGUGAGCCUGCUUGCUCCUUGCUUAGCCCUGGGUGUGAACCAAAUCUCAGGAGAACAGGACAGCACAUUGUUUGAGACAACCCUCACAGUGAUUCUGGAUCUCAUAUCCGGCAACGUACAGCAACUACCCGAAGAGCAUCAGGUUCUGCAACCACUGCAGCAGGUGGAAAGCACUGCCUACUGGGAGAAGUUCAGCCUUUUGUUUGGUGACAGCAGCGUGUACUGCUCUCUGGUGGCUCUCUGCAGAGCACUUGCUCAGUAUUUGGUUUCCCUGCCUAAACUUCCUGCAGAAUUCCACAUCCGACAGGAAAAGGAAAUGGACUUUGUGAAGUUUAUGGUGCUCUGCGUUGAGGCGGUGUCUUGGCAUUUUGUACAUGAGCACAUUCCACUGAGUCUGGAUCUUCAGGCCGUAAUUGACUGUUGCUGCCUGACUCUCCAGCAGCCGGCGUUGUGGAACCUUCUGGCGUCCCCAGAGUGUAUGACACACGCCUGUUCCCUAAUCAUGUGUGUAAGAUUCAUCCUCGAGGCAGUUGCUGUAGAACCAGGCGACCAGCUUCUCAGUCCAGAAAGAAGAAAGAACAAAACUUCAGAAGAUGCAGAAGAAGAUCAAGUGGAUUCCAAACCUGUUUUUAUCAAGAUGGCCUGUGAAAUUAUGUCUGAAAUGGUAGAAUGCCUGCAGACCGUUUUAGUAUUUGGCCACCAAUGGAACAGAAACAUUGCAGCGUUUCUCACCCCUGUCUUUAGAAAUAUUAUCAUUAGCUUGGCACGCUUGCCUUUAGUCAAUAGUUACACCAGAGUUCCUCCUUUGGUCUGGAAACUUGGGUGGUCUCCUAAAUGGGGCGGUGAAUUUGGAACUACUCUCCCAGAAAUCCCUGUAGAGUUCCUGCAAGAAAAAGAGGUUUUUAGAGAGUUUAUCUACCGUAUUAAUACACUGGGAUGGACCAGUCGCACUCAGUUUGAGGAGACAUGGGCCACCCUUCUUGGAGUCCUGGUGACACAGCCAAUGGUAAUGGACCAAGACGAGACUCAGCAAGAGGAAGACACAGAAAGGACCCAGAUCAAUGUCCUGGCAGUACAAUCCAUCACAUCUUUAGUCCUGAGCGCCAUGACCAUUCCUGUUGCUGGAAACCCUGCCGUCAGCUUCCUAGAGCAACAGCCAAGGAACAAGACCUUAAAAGCCCUGGACACAAGAUUUGGCAGGAAACUGAGCGUUGUGAGAGGAAUAGUGGAAGAGGAAAUACAAGCUAUGGUUUCAAAGAGGGAUAAUAUUGCAACUCACCACUCAUGCCAAGCGUGGGAUCCCGUUCCUUCUCUGUCUGCUCCAACAAUAGGUGCUCUGAUCAACCAAGAGAAGCUCUUGCUGCAGAUAAACACUGAGCGGGAGAUUGGGAACAUGACCUAUAAAUUAGGACAGGUCUCCAUUCAUUCAGUCUGGCUGGGGAAUAACAUCACCCCACUGAGGCAAGAAGAGCUUGAUGAAGACGAGGAAGAUGAGAAUGAAAACCCUGCUCCUUCAUCACCACCCAUGUCUCCGAUAAACUCCAGGAAACAUCGGGCCGGGGUAGACAUACAUUCUUGCUCACAAUUCCUGUUAGAGCUGUACAGUCAGUGGAUCCUUCCCACCAACACUGGAAAAAAGACUCCAGCCAUUCUGAUCAGUGAAGUGGUGAGAUCGCUCCUGAGUGUGUCUGAUUUAUUCACGGAGAGGAAUCAGUUUGAGAUGAUGUACACUGCACUGACAGAGCUGCACAAACAACACCCGUCGGAAGAUGAAAUUCUCAACCAGUAUCUGGUACCUGCCAUCUGUAAAGCUGCCUCUGUGCUGGGAAUGGACAAAGUCAUUGCGGAGCCCGUGAGCCGCAUGAUAGAGACAACACUACGCAGCACCCAUAUGCCGAGCCGUAUCGGAGCACUGCAUGGGACACUUUAUAUCCUAGAGUGUGACCUGCUCGAUGAUACAGCAAAGCAGCUCAUACCCAUCAUCAGCGACUAUCUGCUGUCCAACCUGAGAGGGAUAGCCCACUGUGUGAAUCUCCAUAACCAGCAGCAUGUCCUCGUUAUGUGCGCCACAGCUUUCUACUUAGUUGAGAACUACCCGCUGGACGUCGGACCAGACUUCACGUCGGGAAUCAUACAGAUGUGCGGAGUGAUGGUCUCUGGGAGCGAAGAGUCGACCCCCUCGAUGGUGUAUCACUGUGUCAUGAGAGGACUGGAGCGCCUCCUGCUGUCCGAGCAGCUGUCCAGACUGGAUGGAGAAGCCCUGGUGAAACUGAGUGUGGACAGAGUGAAUAUGCACAGCCCUCACCGAGCAAUGACUGCACUCGGACUGAUGCUCACCUGCAUGUACACAGGAAAAGAGAAAAUCAGUCCAGGCCGCACCACAGAGCCCAGUCCUGCAGCUCCAGACAGCGAGUCUGUUAUUGUCGCCAUGGAGAGAGUGUCUGUGCUGUUUGACAGGAUACGGAAAGGAUUCCCUUUUGAAGCCCGGGUAGUAGCGAGGAUUCUGCCGCAGUUUUUAGACGACUUUUUCCCUCCACAAGACGUGAUGAACAAGGUCAUCGGGGAGUUUUUAUCAAACCAACAGCCCUACCCACAGUUCAUGGCAACCGUUGUUUACAAGGUCUUUCAGACGUUGCAUGCCACCGGGCAGUCCUCUAUGGUCCGUGAUUGGGUCAUGCUGUCUCUCUCGAACUUCACUCAGCGAACACCCGUUGCCAUGGCGAUGUGGAGCCUUUCCUGCUUCUUUGUCAGUGCUUCCACCAGCAAGUGGAUUUCAGCAAUUCUCCCUCAUGUCAUUAGCAGAAUGGGCAAAUCGGAGCCGGUGGACGUCAACCUGUUCUGCCUGGUUGCCAUAGACUUCUACAGACAUCAGAUCGACGAAGAACUGGACCGGAGAUCCUUUCAGUCGGUGUUUGAGCUGGUGGCUUCCCCCGGGAGUCCCUACUAUCGCCUGUUGUUGUGUUUACAGAAUGUGCAUAAGAUCACGGUGUUCUGAGCGUGUGCAUGGUCAGGAACGGAGAUCCCCCAGCGCAGAGACUUCUGGGAAAUGGAAACCCUCACCAAAUUGUAGUCGUUCCCUCACCGGGCACUCCUUCUCUGCACUGAAUGUUUUUGUAAAUAACCUUCUGAUUAUAAAUUGAAAUUUGCUUUAUUAACGUGAACGUCCGUAUCACACGUUGGCAUAUUUAUGGUAGGGAUCGUAUGUGUAACAUCGCAAAGCCACACUAAAAAUAAAGGACAACUAUCAACUCA